UCCCUUUAAUCUGUUGCCGUGAUUCGUCAACGGCGAUGCCAUAUGAGUCCUGUCAAUACUUCACUAUAAACACUCACUCAUACAAGUGAACGAGGGAGCUGCGCCUUUUCUGGAUAAACAAUAACGUUUACAUUUCUCAACCGAUUAAAAUGAUUUACAAUCUUUGUUAACAAAAACAAUUUUUCUAAUUAUUUAAUGAAAUAUAUAAUUUUAAUGGGGAAAAAAAUCGUAAACAGGUAGCAACUAAAAGAAGCACUCCUCAUAUUUAUUUCCUCUCUUUGUUGUUUCCAUACAGCAAGUUCGUUUAAUUUGCGUUUGGUAAAUGUAGAAAAUAUUCUCUAAUUGAGCCUGUUAUCAUGUAAAGCCUAUAGAUGGCACUAUGGUAAAUGAUACAAUUACCCUAUAUUGAAGACAGUGUACGUCGAGACUGAGUUAAACACGGAUUUGUUGAAAGAUUUAUCAAACAAAACACCAAAGGUAAUUUAAUCUACAUGAUGUAAAAAAUUAAGGUUCUUUCUUAUUGUGAUUUUUUUUAUAUCACAUUUUUUGUUUGUCUUGAGCUGCAGAUCAUAAGUGAACUUUAAAUUAUAUUACAUUAGGGAUAUCUCUGACGUCAUCUCGCUUAUAAAAACCGAUGACGCAACCACAAUUCUAUUUCUACUUUUGCUCAGCUCGUGCUUAGUUGCGUCUUGCAGACAGAAAAUGGAAACUUAUUUUUCAAAGCCUUAUUUUCUCCAACCAAUCGCCAAGGUCGAUGACCUGAGCGUUUUUCAAUCGGGAAGAAUUCCACUUCCUCCCAUUUGUGGCAAGGUAAGUACCCAUUUAAAUUAAAUGAGAGAUAUGUACGUAUGUUAUGUUUGGUAGCUUAGAAAGUAACAAAAUUAGUAAACAUAUUUUUUAACACUCCUUAGCCGAUCAGCCAGGUCGAACAUCUUAUUCAUGCUGACCUGAGCGUUUUUGAACUGGAAAGAACUCCGCUUCCAUCAAUUAAUGCCAAGGUCCAAGCUCAAAAAGCUUUACACCUGGGAACUCCUUAUGGAAAAACCACUUUCCAGUCAUCGAUGGCACACAAUAUAACCACCGAGCCUCAGCUACCAGCAGCAUGGAGUAUUCAUGACAUCUUCACUGAGGUCCCCAACAAGUCUCGCAAAAUCAUCAAGAGAACACUUAAAGAAAAGCACAUUUCCAAGAGGAACAUGUGUCAUAUGGUUCAGCAGACUGUGGAGUGGGUACGAAUGUUGUGCAUGGAUGUGGUCCUUCCUGCUCUACUUCUCUGCCUGAUACAAGAGGACUGCAUGAAAAAGGAGGCCCAAUUGCACCAAAAGAGGGCUGGCAAGUGUAUGCAGAUUAACAGUGGUGAGAUCUUGAACAGAUCCACUGAAGAGGCAAAAAUGAUUGGGGUGAACAUUUUUCUGUGCAUGAUGGAUUGCUUGCGCAGCAAAAAUGCAUCAGUUCGGUCAGAUGCCGAAGGGUCAGCAAGCAGCCAGAUGACUUCAGGGAACAGCAUCAGCAGGGAGACAAUCCAUAUGUUUACUGCGGAUUUAAUGAGCUGCGUUUACCAGGAACUUCUUGACAAUGACAUGGGCAAGGCAUAUCCUCUCAAAUACCUGUGCUCUGAGACCAACACAGAGGCUCAAAACUCCUCACGCUGGGAAUUCUACUGGUCCGUGCUUCAUCACUUCUUUCAGCAGGCAGCGAAGAACCAUGUGGGAUCAUUCCUGGGAUUGCCAGACUUCCUGCUUCAAGAUGGCCCCAGCAACAUGGAGGAAAUCUGGCAAGCAUGCGGACUGGAGACAAUGACCAACGCAGAAAGAACCUCUCUGAAUGUGCUCACCAAAAUAGUAACGGACAUGGGCAUGGAUAAAAUCAGUGACGCCAUUGAAGAUCCAUUGUGCAGUGCUGAGAUUGUUAGGCAAGGUGAGAAGUCAUUGGCUCAGUAUUUUAAUGUUGCUACCAGCCGCCGUGAGGAGCCUGAGCGACCAGAAGUUUUGGGAAGUUCACUGAAACCUGCUACACCGGAGCCCGAGAAAGUGUUCAACCCAAGUCCUCAAAUUCAGGCAGAAUCCCUUAAGACAGCAGAGGAUGAACAGCUUAAGGAGAUACAUGGCAGAUCUUCAUCUUCUGCGGAUGCACUGCUGGAUCUUGAUAAGGAGCUGGAAGAACUUUUAAGAAGUUCACCUAAGCCUGCUACUCCAGAGCCUACGAAAGUCUUCAGCUCAAGUGCUCCAAUCCAAAUGGAGCCCCUUAAAUCAUACAAGGUCUCAGAGCCUAAGAAUUUACCUGGGGAAUCUUCAGCUCCCACUAGGAAAUUGCGUGACGUUGAUUUGUUUGAACAGGAGCUGGAUGAAUUAGAAGGUUGGGAAUGCUCAACUAAACUUGGUACUCUAGAGCCAAAAUUAGUUGUGCAUUUACCUGGUGAAUCUUCACUUGAUCGGGAGCUGGAAGAACUUUUGAGAAGUUCAAAGUCUGCUACACCAGAGCCUACAAAUGUAUACAGCUCAAGAGCUAAAAUACAUGCAGAAUCCCCUCCAUUAAGAGAGGACAUAGAGGUUGAGCAUACAAAUCCCGCUCCCACUGAUUCACCACCACAGCUUGAGGAUUCACUUCACCAGUCUCAAGCUCCCACUGGUAAACGCCGUCGGAAGUUAAAGAACAGAUGUAAAGGCCCUGUUAGCCAAGGUCGCAGAGAAAAACGGCAUCGGGAAGAAACCAUGAAAGAGGAAACUUCCUUAUUUAGAGCUUCUGAACUGCCAAUUGCCAACCCCCAGGGUUUCAUUUUGCCACAACAGUUUUUAGGCCGCGUCAUUGAUGGCCUGCUUACGAAACUUCAAUGCACAUAUAACAUCAGUGUUCCUGGGAUCUACCUUUAUGAUGUUAUUUUCAGCAAACUGGUGCAAGAACUGGGAAAUCUGGCAAGAGUUCAUGUUGUUAAAAACAUCCAACAGCUGUUUCACAAUGAAGAUGAGAUCGUUCUUCGGAUUAUAAAUGAAGCUCAUGCCAUUGUGAAAGAUAAGGGCUACUUGAGGGCAGCAUGGCAGGAUCAUGAGAUGUCAGUAAAUUACCUCACAACGGUUGUGUCUGCGGUCAUUCUUGACUACACAGUGCUUGGUGGGUGGAAUCAGAAGACUGACCAAACUGUAGAUUUCGCCAUCCCAGUUCAUCCAAACCUGACGGUGAAAGAAAAGUGCCGCAACUUCCUGUCACGGAUGAGACAGUCCCUACGAAAGGUCUUUUGUUUUAAAUGAAGGACCCGAGAAGGAGAACAGUAUUAAGUUUUCUAAACCUCCUCUUUACUUAGAAUUUAGAAUUUACUUAGAAUCUCUUUUGUGCAUUUAAUUUUUAGUAAAUAUUUCUGUAUAUAGUUGUUUUCCUCUUUAAUAACAAAUAAUAAAUACUUUUUGUGCAUUAACUGACUUGGUAAAGAGACCUCCUCUUUACUUAGAAUUUAGAAUUUACUUAAAAUCUC